AUGCCCAUGAAAUGGAGGGCACUAUGGAUUCUGUUAUUCGCUGGAGUUUCACAGGCUUUUCACCACCGACUCACCAAACGAGAACUCCAUCAUGUAUUUGGUGUUGAUGCUUAUCAUAAAGUACCUGAAUAUCAUUUAAUUCGAACGAUAAAGAAUUUAAAUGGAGAGAAUUUGAGAUUAGAAUUCGAGGCUUGGAAUGAAACGUAUCAGGCUGAGUUGACACCAAAUCGAAAACUCGUCAGUCCGCACUUGAUAUCGGUGAUACGAGACGGAGAAAAUGCAACUCGAUUGGAAAAGCUGAAUCUCGAUUACUCUUGCCAUUAUCAGGGAAAGCUAACCUCUCACAAAGAUGCUCCAAUCGCAAUUUCGGAUUGUCGAACACUAAUGGGAACUCUCGUUCUCGAUGAACACUUUCUUGUCCUUCAAACAAUUCCACAAAGAUUACAUCAUGAACAGGAAGAAAAACAUUUGGUUUUCAAACGAGAAGCUUCAUUGUUAACCUCAUUGGAGCGAACGAUCGAGGAAGAGUUAGUCAAAGUGAAUGAAGUUGCUGGGGAUUUUUGUGAUACGACUGAUCUCUUCGCAUUGAACUACACAGUUCCACCAGCUGGUCAACUUGAUUCACCGUUUAUUUUCCCGCAACUUGAUCCGAUUACGCUAGAGAUCGGAUUGUUUCUUGAUUCGAAAUUGUAUGAGCAUUUUAAGAGAGAAUACAUUCAAGACGCUGAGCAACAUCUUCUCGACUUUUCCCUUGCUCUAAUCAAUAAUGUCUAUGUCUUGUAUCAGCAGCCGACAUUAAGCCCAAAUCUUGACAUUGUCAUCGUUCGAUAUGAGCUCUGGAAAACGCAACCGAGUAAUCUUCAUACAUCAUUGCAUAAAAAUGGACAAGCACAAUCGUUGCUUGAUGCUUUUUGUCGACAUCAGUCAAGUAUCAACCCUGGCACAGAUCUGACAGACAACGGACAUUGGGAUCAUGGAGUUUUACUGACUGGAUACGAUAUUUACCACACAACGACUUCAGUGGCUGGUGUAGCACCGGUAGCUCGAAUGUGUGACCCGUUAUUCGCAUGUUCUCUCGUCGAAGGCCUUCAUCUUGGACGAAGCUUCGUUUUGGCUCAUGAAAUGGGACACAAUAUGGGAAUGGUGCACGACGGUGUACAGAAUCAAUGCUCUCGCUCUUGUUGUCUCAUGUCUGCCGUGAAUGGAGCCGGGAAGACACAAUGGAGCGAGUGCUCUGUGAGAGAGUUCAACGCGUUUUUGUUGCAAUUGGAUGAAUCUGGCCGGGGGAAUUGCUUGCGGGACUCAAAUAGCGGCGUCCAAACGCAUAACCAUUUAGCUGAUGGCCGCUUACCUGGCCAACGCUUCACCGGCGAUCAACAAUGUGGAUAUUUCUGGGGUCGAGAUUACGUUGUCGAGAUCCCGAAUGGCCGAUCGAUGGAUGAUAUUUGUCGGAUUCUUUGGUGUGGAAACAGUGGCUCGACGAUCUCCACCGCUCAUCCAGCUUUAGAAGGGAGUUGGUGUGGAAAUGAUCGGUGGUGCAUAGAGGGACGGUGUCGGGGUUGGCCGUAUGGGCCGAAACCUGUCCCCGUUCAUGGUGGAUGGAGUGAUUGGUCGACGACAGACACUCGGUGUCCCGUUCAACAAUGCCAUAUUGCGGGCAGUAUCUCGAUCAAGGGACAACACAGAGAUUGUGUAAAUCCUGCCCCAAACAAUGGUGGUCGAGGUUGUCAAGGAUCGUCAAUUCGAGGUCUCAUUUGUGGUGCUUCUCACUCGAACUGUCGGGGUUUAGAACGACAAGAAUUCGGAGAUAGAGUCUGCUCUUCAAUCAAAAACGAUCCCCUAAAGCCGGAUCGCCAAUUGACUGGGGAAAGCUUUAUGCAUGACACUCAACCCUGCAAAGUUUGGUGUCAUUUGAUCGAUUCGGAGUUGAUCCGAAACAAAGGCACUUUUCCCGAUGGUUCACCUUGUGGUUCAAAUAUGUAUUGUAUCAGUGGAGCUUGUUUGACUCUUGAUUGCAAUAAUAAAGCGGUUGUGGAGAAUGGAAAUGACUGUCCGGAUGGAGGAUUUGGGAGUACUUGGGGACAGUGGUCGGAUUGGAGUGAAUGCAGUAAAACCUGUGGAAUAAACGGUCGACAAAACCGUCUUCGCAGCUGUGAAGGUCGUCGUUGCUCUGGAGCUUCUGAAGAGUCAAGACCUUGUGAGCCUCAACUCCCACCCUGUGAAGAGGUUGGACCUUGGAGCCCGUGGUCACCAUGUGAUAAGAAAUGUGAUGAAGGAAGACAGAUUCGUUCACGUGAUUGUUUGGCAGUUGAAUGUACAAAGGCUUUGACUGAGACUCGUGCUUGUAAUAAUGGUGCUUGUUACACUGAUUGGUCGUCGUGGAGUGAAUGCUCGUCGACAUGCGGUGGUGGGGAGAGACAACGAAAAAGAGUUUGCGCGAUUCCGGGCGCUUGCAAUAAAGCAAUGGAGGAGCGGGAAAAGUGCAAUGAACAGAAAUGUCAAGUAGAAUCAUGGGGAGACUGGCUUCCAUGCAGUGUCUCAUGCGGAGUUGGUUUCCAAAUUCGAGAACGGCUUUGUGAUGGAAUCCUCUGUCAAGGAGGCAAUAAACAAGCAAGAACAUGCAAUGAACAACCUUGUACAUCGUCUGACAAUCUUCCGUUCCAUUUAAGCGAGUGGAAUGAUUGGUCGAGUUGCAGUGAGACGUGCGGAGUUGGAGUACAGUUGCGAUUGAGGAGCUGUGUAAGCGGAUCUUGCCCCGUUUCUGCUCGUCUCUCCGAGCGAAAGCGUUGUGUGAUGGGACCGUGCCCAAAUUGGUCCGAUUGGGGUCAAUGGAGCGAUUGUCCCUCUUGUGAUAGCUCUUUAAUUCAAACCCGUACUCGUUCUUGUUCUCGAUCGCUCACCUCCGAAACGCAAUGUCGAGGAAGCUCGAUUGAACAACAAACUUGUGACAAAUCAUGCAAAGGACCGAGAAUAAUAACUGCUGGAGUGAAGAAUAAAAUUGAAAAGCUUUUGGAAGAUGAAGAUUGGGGAAAUUGGCAACCGUGGUCCUCUUGCAGUGCCUCGUGCGGCGGUGGCUCGAAACGAAGAUCUCGGCUUUGCAAAUCAUCAAAUUGCAAAAGUCCGAUCGAUUAUCAGCAAGAAAAUUGUAACGAGCAAGACUGCGAUGCACUUCAAGAACUAUUGUGGUCACACUGGUCAGAAUGGACCGAAUGUUCGGCGGAGUGCGGGGAAGGAAAACGACGAAGAUCGAGACGAUGCCGUUCAAUUUUCUCAUUUGCUUGCUCAGCAGAAAACAAAGAACAAACCGAGCCGUGUUAUUCUCCUUGCAAAAGAAGUCCCAAACUAAAAACUCCUGAAUGGUCUGAAUGGUCUUCAUGGUCUGGAUGUUCUUGUUUCACCGAGACUGAAAGUCGGCGCCGAUAUUGUCGCAUUUCAGAUCCAGCGGUGCAAGGCUUUUGCUCUGGGAAAAUUCUAGAGCAGAGAAAGUGCUCUCCCCGAACUUGUGCGGCAACAAAUGGCGGUUGGUCCGAUUGGUCACCAUGGUCUGAGUGUUCGAGGGAUUGUGAUGGAACAGGACAUCAAAUAAGGAAUCGAAUGUGCAGCAAUCCUUUACCAGUUAACAAGGGUUCCUACUGUGCCGGUUAUUCAUUCGAUCAACGAAGCUGUUCAUCGAAUAAGAAAUGUGAAGAAAAAAUUGAUGGUGGUUGGUCAGAGUGGACGGGAUGGUCUGAAUGCUCUGAUCCAUGCAAUAACGGGCAUCGGAGUCGAACUCGCUACUGCAUUAGUCCACGCCCGUCUGGUGGUGGCCUUCAAUGUUUCGGACAGGAUUUCGAGUUGGAACAGUGCAGUGAUCCGACUAAAUGUCAUAGUUCACAACCUGGAUGGUCACCAUGGUCGGAUUGGUCGGAAUGCCCAUUAAGAGGAUGUGGCUUCUUUGUACAGGAAAGGGGAAGAGUCUGUCGAGGAGCGCAUGGAAAUGAGACUUGUCAUGGAUUAGCACACAUGACAUCUCCUUGUCCUAUUGAUCCAUGCCCACAAAGCAUCGAUGGAAGUUGGAGUGAAUGGUCAUCAUGGUCUAGGUGCACGUCGAAUUGUGGAAUCGGUUUGAAAACAAGAUCUCGUGAGUGCUAUCAACCACAAGAUGGUGGUGCUCCAUGUUUCGGCAGAUCAGCCGAAGUGGCCAAAUGUGUAGACGACUUCGAUGUCUGCACGGCAACACUCGCACAUUUGCGACAAAUCGACAGAAUCCAUAAAUCGUCGACUCUC